AUUCCUCGCCGUUUUGACUUCGCUAGUUGGCACUGAUCUGCAACUGCUGUUGAUUGGGUUUCAUCCUCGAUUUGGGGACAGUUGCAGCCAACGAUCCUCGGCGCACCUUUCCCAGUCUUCGUGGGCGAACCGGGUCCUGGGUGGCCGGAGCCUGCAGAAGUCCUGCUCGAUUCGCAGGCCCUCGAGGCUCUUUGCUAGCCGGGGUCCUCCUGGCGCUGGCCUGGAGCCGAGCGUGCAGACCGCACUCCAGGACAAGUUCACCGGUUCUCUGUGCGCGUGGGGCGAGAGCUCCCGGCCAUGGCCUUCACUUUCGCUGCUUUCUGCUACAUGCUGUCCCUAGUGCUGUGCGCUGCGCUCAUCUUUUUCGCCAUCUGGCACAUCAUCGCCUUUGAUGAGUUAAGGACGGAUUUUAAGAGCCCCAUAGACCAGUGCAACCCUGUACAUGCGAGGGAACGGCUGCGGAACAUUGAACGCAUCUGCUUCCUGCUGAGAAAGGUCAGAGUGGUGGGGCCAGGAGGCAGACCAAAGGGCAGACUGGAGAGGGGCUCUGGAAGGCUGGUGCUGCCCGAGUACUCCAUCCACAGCCUCUUCUGCAUCAUGUUCCUAUGUGCUCAGGAGUGGCUCACCCUGGGGCUGAACGUUCCUCUGCUUUUCUAUCACUUCUGGCGAUAUUUCCACUGUCCAGCAGACAGUUCAGAACUAGCCUACGACCCACCAGUGGUCAUGAAUGCAGACACCUUGAGCUAUUGUCAGAAAGAGGCCUGGUGCAAACUGGCCUUCUAUCUUCUCUCCUUCUUCUACUACCUUUACUGCAUGAUCUACACCCUAGUGAGCUCCUAACUCAGACAUCAUCAGACUCAGGAGAGGCCGAGGCCCAGGCCUCUGCUCCUGGGGCUGGAGGAAGGGCCUGAAGAGGAAGACAAGAGGAAGAUGAGACCCCCAGAGUGAGCAGAGGGAGGUGGAAUCACACAGCAGCCGGA